AUGGCUGGAGAACCUCUUCUUCUGAUCGCCAAAUCCAUGACGGCUAUUAAGCCGACGCCGGGAAAGCGGUACCGCUCCAUCUUCGAUGUUCCCCCGGACUUCUUUGAUUCGUGCUCCUUGCUUUCCCCGUCUGCAGCUUCAGUCUACGAGGCCGUUGACAAGUCUGAGAAUCAAACCCUUGAUGACCAUCCGGAACACAGGGAUGGCGACGAAGAGGCAAGCUCCAAAGCCGCAGUGACAGUAACUAGAUGGACCUGUAAUACUUGCAAGGCUGAAUUCGAGUCACUUCAUGACCAGCGCUCGCAUUUCAAAUCAGAUAUCCAUCGGAUCAAUGUGAAGCUAAGUAUUGCCGGGAAAUGCAUUGUUAGUGAAGAAGAUUUUGAUGAGUUCACGUCGGAUGGUUUAAGAGACUGGGAUAUAUCCAGCAUCUCAGGAUCAGAAGAUGAAGAUGAGAGAGGAUCCUUGCCACACUUUAGUGUGUCAAAGGGAUUGAUUGGAGCUGUUAAACAGAAGCUAUUUUUCCGCCUUCCAUCUGGAGAGAGGAUUUCACUUUGGAAAAGUUUAUUACUAAGUGAGUCUGAAAGUAUUUCUUAUGAGAAUGGUAAAGCAGCUCCCAUCUCUCCACAGUGCCUAGCAGAAAGUGAAGUUAUAGAGAGAUUGAAGUUUUUGACUUGUGAGCAUAGAGAUAAACAGCAUUUUAGGAUCAUGUUGCUUGCGAGUGGUGGGCAUUUUGCUGGCUGUGUGUUUGAUGGUAGUUCAGUGGUGGUCCACAAAACUUUCCACAGAUAUGUUGUAAGAGCAAAAGCUGGGAAAAAACAGUCAUCGAAAGAUGGAACUGGCAGGGCAGCACACUCAGCAGGAGCCUCACUUCGUCGCCAUAAUGAACUUGCUUUAAAGAAGGACAUUCAAGAACUACUUACUGCCUGGAAGCCAUAUUUUGAUGCUUGCUCUUGUGUUUUCAUUCAUGCUCCUUCGAGCAAUCAUCAAUUGUUAUUUGAUGGGGACAGAGCGUAUUUUAGCUGUCAGCAUUCUGUUGUUCGAAACAUACCAAUGAGUGUUAGGAGGCCUACUUUCAAAGAAGCCCAGCGUAUAUUCAGCCAGUUGACUCAAUUUGAAUAUGAAAUGGAUGCCAAUGAGGCCCCUCCGGAAACUACAGUGGACAUUGUUGCGAGUAGCAACACGAUAAACAACGACAUAUCUGGCCACAGUUUAGAGGACUUGGAAGAUAGGAAUGGUGAUAUGGACACUGCUGCAGCUUCUUCAAGUGCCAUAAAUGACAAUGAUCUGCUUACCUCAAAAGUCAGUGAAAGUGAAGAUGUUGACAGAACAACACCUUUGCAUGAAGCGGCACAGGCUGGCGAUUCUGAUAAAGUCUUUGAACUCCUUGAACAAGGUUUGGAUCCUUGCAUGAAAGAUGAAAGGGGGCGAACUCCAUACAUGCUGGCAAAUGAGAAGGAAACAAGAAAUAGUUUUAGAAGAUUUAUGGCCUUGAACCUAGAUAAGUGGGAUUGGCAUGCUGCUAAAGUUCCCAGUCCUUUGACCAAGGAAAUGGAAGAAUUGCAAGCUUCUAAACAGGCUGAGAAGGAUGCCAAAAAGAAAGCAAGAGCAAAAGAAUUGAAGAAAUUGCGCAAGGCCAGGGAAAAGAAAGCUCAGGCCGAGGCUUCCUCAACAGCAGCAGCAGCAGCAGUCAUGCAGAGUCUACAAUCGACUUCAUCUGUAAACAAGGGUGGAUCAAGAUUAUCUAAAGAGGAGGAACUGCGCAGAGCACAAGCUGCAGAGAGGGAGAUGCGAGCAGCAGCGGCAGAGAGAAGAAUGGCUGCUGCCGCGGCGACAGCUGACAGCAGCACCUCUCAGCCUAAAGUUGGGUUAGCGGUAGCAACCGAUCUGAACUGCUCGUGCUGUAAUGCAUCAUUAUCGUGCUUGGUUCCUUUCCACAGAUAUAAUUAUAAGUACUGCAGCUCCUCGUGCAUGCAUGUUCACAGGGUGAUUCUCGAGGAUGGAUGA